GAUCAAGUCCCUCAUACCAGGGACCAGGCUAACACCAGAUUGCCACUCCCCCCACUCAGGCCCCACUACGCUUAGGGUGCAGCUGCUGUGAUCAUGGGCAAUAUCUUCGGGAACCUUCUCAAGAGCUUGAUUGGGAAGAAGGAGAUGCGCAUCCUGAUGGUGGGCCUGGAUGCUGCUGGGAAGACCACUAUCCUGUACAAGCUGAAACUAGGGGAGAUUGUCACCACCAUCCCCACCAUUGGGUUUAACGUGGAAACAGUAGAGUAUAAAAAUAUCAGCUUCACAGUGUGGGACGUAGGUGGCCAGGACAAGAUUCGGCCCCUCUGGAGGCACUACUUCCAGAACACCCAAGGCUUGAUAUUUGUGGUCGACAGCAAUGAUCGGGAGCGAGUGAAUGAGGCCCGGGAAGAGCUGAUGAGGAUGCUGGCAGAGGACGAGCUCAGGGAUGCUGUGCUGCUUGUCUUUGCAAACAAACAGGAUCUGCCGAAUGCUAUGAAUGCUGCCGAGAUCACGGACAAGCUGGGCCUGCAUUCCCUGCGUCAUCGCAACUGGUACAUUCAGGCCACCUGCGCCACCAGCGGGGAUGGGCUGUAUGAAGGCCUGGACUGGCUGGCCAAUCAGCUCAAAAACAAGAAGUGAGAGCCACACAGUCCUGUCCGACUGCCCCGCCCACCCCUGACGUACCUGUUAUCUCCCCGCCCCAGCCCUCCCCCUUCCCAUUGCAAGUGUGGCCAGGGCCCUGGGUAUCAUGUCCGCAUGCCCAGCCAGAGCCUUGCCUCCCCCGCCGCCCCUUCUCACCCCUUCCCAUCGACAUGAUCAGUCCCCGAUUGCUGUCCUGAUGAUGAAUCAUUCCAAUUUACUGGAUUUAAAACAAAAACAAGGUUGUUAUGGUUUCAUGGGGUAGCCCCCUCUUUCUCUCACCCUCUGGGUUUUGGGAGGUGGGGUGGGAUAUUCUCUGUUUGCUUCAUUGGCUCUAGUUGCUGUGCUCUUGGCAUCUGAGUCCACCACAGGCCCCUCCCCUAUUUCCUGUCUUCCUUUUCUUUGAUACCCUUUCCUGUUGUACAUGGAAACUACACGGGCCUCUGUGUGUGCGUGCAUGUGUGCGCCUGUAUAUACCUGUACAGAGAGAUAUAUACGUGGGGGCUGGGGAGCGGGUAGAGUGCAGCUCAGCUCAGGGCUUGCAGCCAGGACACUGCUGACUGGAGCCUGUCGUCUGCUCCGUCCAUGCUGGUGGGGUAAAGGCAGACAGGUGAGGGUUUUGGGCAGGCAGGAUUGCCCUCUCUUCUGUCUGCAGGUGGGAGUUCCUGGGUGACAGGACAGAUGAUGGAUUCUCUGCCACCAUCUUCCUUAUACCCCUUUCUCUCUGCCUUUCUCAGGGAAGGGGGUGGCCUUUCCCUCUAGAUGACUAUUCCCAAGGAGGUGCCAUUCUGCUCUGCCUUGUUAGUGGGAAGGAGAGAGGAACCCACUCACUCUUAUCAGCCCAGAGUGUUGAACAGAGCCCUCCCCCAUCCUUAGAUCUGUUCCUCUGGAGCUUGAGGGGGAGGUGGGGACAGCAAGACCACGUGUAUCUGGGACCCAGGACCCAGGACCCAGGACCCAGGGCUCAGGGCUCAGGGUGGGUUUUGGUGCCAGGGGGGAGGCCUUGGGUUUUCCUCUUGAUUCUCUCUUGUUACUAGGAGAAGGUGAGGCUUGGGUCAGCUUACUCCUUCCUUCGUGUGCCCUGCCCUUGAACUUGGGGGCUGGGUGGUUCCAUUUGUCCCUUGUCAGUUUUCUCACUCUAGCAGCCCCGCUGGCCUCAUCAGGGCUGAGUGGUAUGGGGUGCUGUGGGCUGGGGAUAAGGUAGCAGACCUCAGUACCAACCCUCCUACCCUCCAAUUCUCUGUCUUUUCCUAGUUUAGGAUGAGCUAAAGGAUAAAGGCAUUCUGUUGUUUUGAGGUCCUCAGACCACUCUGGCUGACCUUCCUCUGUUCUGACAGCUUUCCCGGCUUCCUCAACCAGUUCCCAUGUAUGGAGGUUGGAGUGGAGGAAGAUGGAUUCUGAGUGGUUGUCGGUGCUAGUGAGAUGCAGUGGUCUUCAGGGCCCUCCUUCCACUGUUACGUAGUUGUUCAAAGCUGCUGCUGCUGCGUGCCUGUCUGCAGGGGAUGCUUGUCCCUGAAGUCCUGGCUUGGGUCCUGACUUUGGUUUCUGUGAAGCCGUGGCUGUUCUUGGGCUCCUGUGUGUGCUGGCUGCGCCCUGAGCUCCAAGACAACUGCCCAUACCUGUUGGCUACGAUCAGAGCCCAGGGACCCCACCACAUGGCUGAGGGACCCCCUCCCUGGAAGGCUGUCCCAUGCCCUACUGCAUGGGGCCAGACUUUGUCUCUUUACAGCAGCAGAUCAACACUCUAGAGCCACCCAGACUGAGCUCUGAGAGGUUCCAGGGGUGUCUCCCUCAGUGCCAGUUACUUGGCAGUGUGUUACUUACCUAAGACACGGUGGAUGCAGGCGGCUUGCUCCCUAGGCCUGUGCGUGCGUGUGCGUGCAUGUGUGUGCGUGUGUGGUAUGUGUGUAUGUAUGAGGGUGGUGCUGGAAGUUCUGUUUUGUUUUAAAAUGGGCUCGCUCUGAACCCCGCAGAAACUUCCCUGCAUAUGUUUUCUUUGUGUUCUGAUUUUGUUCUGUCCUCUCCCGAUUGCCUUCCUCUCUGAACCCUUUCUUUGCCUUCUCAGUUUGUUCUCUGCUGUUGCUUCGUUGUCCAUGUGCUGCCCACCCCACCCUAUUUAUGAUUCCCCACUCUGUCUUGGCUGGUGAGGGCUGUGCUUGUCCUCCUGCCGCACUCCGUCUCAGACUCUCCCUAGUUAGAUGCCAGUUAGAUGGAUUUUCCUCAUUUCAGACCUCAACCCUAUCUAGUUUCUUGGCCUCCAGAGCCCAAUCUGGGGCUGAGGGUGUUAAGCAGCAUUGGAGAUUGCCCUCCUGCUGCUCCAGGUCUUUCCAGCAGGGGGCAGCAAGCGAUCUUGGCUGUAGACCCUUGGGCAGGGUUAGUCCUUUAUACCUUCCCCUUUACCUAACAGCUUUUUUGGGAUUGAAUGUUUCAUUCCAUUUCUGCCCACGCCCUCUCCCGCUUGCCUCAGGUGGGUUAAAUUUUUAUGCUUUUCCUGUUCCAGCUUUCUUCUUUCUGGGGACUCCCCCUCCUCUCAACUCCAAAGUUUGUUUGUGGUGUUUAUAGUGGUAACUGCGGUUCUAAACUGGUUUUUCUUUUUCUCCUCCUCUGGAAUGUAGACUGUACAUGUUUAAUAACUCGCCCUCUCUACCCUUGCUCAGAAUGUGGGAUAACGCAAUGACUGUGACCCUGGUUGGAAAUUAAACUUGUUUUAUGCAGCUUU